UCAAAAAUUGAUGUGGCCUUAUCGCUUCCUGUCCACGGCUGCGAGCUUUUCCAGUGUUCAUGGCUCUGCUGCUCCCGCCAAGUUUGCAGCAGGCACUUCAGUUUAGGAGCGCUGCCGUGUCCCGGAGGGCUAGUAGGCUACGAUGCUCAGCAGUAACUGUAGACGUUUCUUCUCCUCUAGCGGGCGGCGUCUCGGGAAUUCGAUGGGGGUCGAGUAAUCUACAGGGCCCUCGUUCUGAGAUGGAGGACGUCGUCGUCCUCCGAUCCGACGGUCUUUCUGGCUUCACCUUCGCUACCGUUUUUGAUGGCCACUCUGGCAUCUGUUCAGUCGAGUUCCUCAGGGAUGAACUAUAUAAGGAAUGUAUGAAUGAAUUGCAAGGGGGGUUAUUGCUGAGCAGUAAGGAUUUUCAUGCUAUAAAAGAUGCACUCACAAAAGCUUUUGAAAAUGUUGAUGGUAGACUCUUGACUUGGCUUGAAAAGAUUCAUAAUGAAGAUGAAUCUGGUGCAACAGCUACAGCAAUGUUUAUUGGGACUGAUGUCCUGAUCAUUUCUCAUGUUGGAGACUCAAGUGUGGUGCUAUCUCGUAAGGGAAAAGCAGAAGUUCUGACCAAUUCUCAUAGACCUUUUGGGAAUAAUAAAGUUUCCAUGGAAGAAGCAAGGCGGGUUAGAGCAGCUGGUGGAUGGCUUGUUGACGGCAGAAUUUGUGGUGACAUAUCUGUAUCCCGUGCUUUUGGAGACUUGCGGUUCAAGACAAAAAAGAAUGAGAUGCUGAUAAAAGGAGUCGAGGAGGGAAAAUGGACCGAAAAGUUCAUAUCAAGAAUAAAUUUUAAAGACGACUUGGUGAUUUCUACUCCAGAUGUCUCCCACGUACAGCUUGGAUCUGACGCGGAAUUUAUUUUGUUAGCAUCUGAUGGCUUAUGGGACUAUAUAAAAAGCUCUGAUGCUGCAAACUUUGUUAGGAAUCAUCUUCGUCAACAUGGUGAUGUUCAGCUUGCUUGUGAAGCGCUUGCUCAGGCCGCUUUGGACCGGAGCUCACAAGACAACAUCAGCAUUGUGAUAGCGAACUUAAGGACAGAUUGGCAAAGCCUGCCGGAUCAAGGGCCAGACAUUGUUUUUGAAGCAGGACAAGCAUUUGUUACUGUCGGCAUUGUUUCAAUAGGAAUAUUGCUGUCAUAUUUUCUUUUUCUGUAACUACUAUUGUGAUAUGUGCAAGCCCCUUCAAACUCCUGUGUAUAUACAAGCAAUGUUAUUUAAACUUGUGGUGCUUUUUAUAUUA